GCGCCGGACGGAGCCGGGGCGCGCUCGGACCCCGGCCCCGCUGCCCCAACCUGCCGCCGCUAUGUACGACCCUGAGCGCGGCUGGAGCCUGUCCUUCGCCGGCUGCGGCUUCUUGGGCUUCUACCACGUCGGGGUGACCAGCUGCCUGAGCGAGCGCGCCCCGCACCUCCUUCGCCAGGCGCGCAAGUUCUUCGGCGCCUCGGCGGGCGCGCUGCACUGCGCCUUCUACCUCGCCGGGAUCCCUCUGGAGCAGAGAUUGCAGAUCCUCAUGGACCUCGUCCGGACCGUCAGGAGCCGGAACUUGGGGAUCCUCCACCCAGCCUUCAGCUUGAGCAAGUACAUCCGAGACGGUCUCCACAGACACCUCCCCGACAAUGUCCACCAGCUGCUCUCUGGCAAGAUGGUCAUCUCACUUACCAGAGUGUCCGACAGAGAAAACGUGCUGGUGUCGGAUUUUCAUUCCAAAGCUGAAGUCGUGGACGCCUUGUAUUGUUCCUCGUACAUCCCUGUCGUCUUUGGCUUGAUCCCCCCUUCCUUCAGAGGCGUGCGAUAUGUGGACGGAGGAAUAAGUGAUAAUUUACCCUUCAUUGAUUCCAAAACAACCAUCACUGUGUCCCCCUUCUAUGGGGAGAGCGACAUCAGCCCCAGAGUCAAGUCCACGUUCUUACUGCACGAAAGCUUCACCACGCUCAACAUGCACUUCUGCACAGAGAACCUCUACCUGAUGUUCCAGUCACUCUUCCCCCCGGAUGUCAAGGUGCUUGGAGAGCUGUGCCUUCAAGGAUAUUUAGACGCGCUCAGGUUCUUGGAGAAGAAUGGCAUCCGCGACGGGCCCCAUCUGUGCCUGAGUGCGUCCCCAGCAGAGUCGGAGCCAGAGGCGGAGCCGGAGGCGGAGCCUGAGAGCCUGGAGCCUUUUCUGGGCGUGGCCACCCGGGAGGCGUGGCCUGAGCGAGAGGAGCUGCUGGAACACCUGCGCCUUGGGGUGCUCUCGUGGGACGAGAGCGUCCUGGAGACCCUGUCGCCCAGGCUCACCAUGGCACUGAGGAACGCAAUGAGAAACCGAGACGGGUACAUAAACAAGAUUUUCAGCUUCUUCCCAGUUAAGAUCAUGUCCUACGUGAUGCUGCCCUGCACACUGCCGGUGGAGUCUGCCGUCGCUGUGGUCCAGAGACUGGUGACGUGGCUUCCAGACAUGCCCAGUGACAUCCAGUGGCUGUGGUGGGCCACCUCCCACAUGUGUUCCCAGGCCAUGGUGCAUCUGCUCCCCGCGUCCAGAUCCCAAAUCCCAGCAAGCGGCCAAGGGCCUUCCUCCACAAACCAGAACACCGUGGGCGCCGCCAGGCUCCCUCCUCCUCCAUGGACCCACAGAGGCCAGAGCUGACAUCUGUGAUGUACGCAGAAUGACCUCCGUGCUGAGUUUGUAGUGUCAUGAAACCAAAGGCAAUCUUUCUGUCUUACAAAAAGCUAGGAAGCGACUCUUGGUGUGUGCAGUGGGUGCGGAGCUCAAGGAUACCCAGGAUAUGAGUCUCUAAGUCUCGGGGAACCUUGUGGCGGGGGGCUGGGCUGCCCCUUGUGCGAUCUCGGGGGUUGCGGGGGAGGACGGUGGUCCCAUCUCUCCAUACAGGAAGCAGUAAGUGUGGGGCGAGGCGGGCUGCCAUCCUCCCAAGGACAUCCCUGGUUAGGGGGUACAUUAUGAGGUGGUAACUUACUUGCGCUCUGCUACAUCUUUCUGACCUAUUCUAAAUAUUUGGUGCAGUUAUAUUAAACAUAACUCUCGGUAAGCAUUGAGAAAGGGCAUCAGAGGGCAGACACAGUGACACCAUAAUCCCAGAAAACUAGCCAAUCUGAUCACAGGAACACAGCCUUCUCUAACUCAAUGAACCUAAGCCAUGCCGUGUGGGGCCACCCAAGACGGAUGGGUCAUGGGGAAGUGGUCUCAUGGAAUGUGGUCCACUGGAGAAGGGAAUGGCAAACCACUUCACUAUUCUUGCCUUGAGAACCCCAUGAACAGUAUGAAAAGACAAAAAGAUAGGACCUUGAAGGAUGAACUCCCCAGGUCGGUAGGUGCCCCACAUGCUACUGGAGAUCAGUGGAGAAAUAAUUCCAGAAGGAAUGAAGGGUUGGAGCCAAAACAAAAAAAACACCCAGUUGUGGAUGUCACUGGUGAUAGAAGCAAGGUCCAAUGCUAGAAAGAGUGAUAUUGCAUAGGAACCUGGAAUGUUAGGUCCAUGAAUCAAGGCAAACUGGAAGUGGUCAAACAGGAGAUGGCAAGAGUGAAUGUUGACAUUCUAGGAAUCAGCGAACUAAGAUGGACUGGAAUGGCUGAAUUUAACUCAGAUGACCAUUAUAUCUACUACUGUGGGCAGGAAUCCCUUAGAAAAAAUGGAGUAGCCAUCAUGGUCAACAAAAGAGUCCAAAAUGCAGUACAUGGAUGCAAUCUCAAAAAUGACAGAAUGAUCUCUGUUCAUCUCCAAGGUAAACCAUUCAAUAUCACGGUAAUCCAAGUCUAUGCCCCGACCAGUAAUGCUGAAGAAGCUAGAGUUGAACUGUUCUGUAAAGACCUACAAGACCUUCUAGAACUAACACCCAAAAAAGAUGUCCUGUUCAUUAUAGGGGACUGGAAUGCAGAAGUAGGAAGUCAAGGAACACCUGGGGUAACAGGUAAAUUUGGCCUCGGAGUACAGAAUGAAGGCAAAGGCUAAUAGAGUUUUGCCAAGAGAACGCACUGGUCAUAGCAAUCACACUCUUCCAACGACACAAGAAAAGACUCUACAUAUGGACAUCACCAAAUGGUCAACACCGAAAUCAGACUGCUUAUAUUCUUUGCAGCCAAACAUGGAGACGCUGUAUACAGUCAGCAAAAACAAGACCAGGAGCUGACUGUGGCUCAGAACAUGAACUCCUUAUUGCCAAAUUCAGACUGAAAUUGAAGCAAGUGGAGAAAACCACUAGACCAUUUGGGUAUGACCUAAAUCAAAUCCCUUAUGACUCUACAGUGGAAGUGAGAAAUAGAUUUAAGGGACUAAAUCUGAUAGACAGAGUGCCUGAUGAUCUAUGGACAGAGGUUCAUGACGUUGUAAAGGAGACAGGUAUCAAGACCAUCCCCAAGAAAAAGAAAUAUGAAAAAGCAAAAUGACUGUCUGAGCAGGCCUUACAAAUAGCUGUGGAAAGAAGAGAAGUGAAAGCAGAGGAGAAAAGGGAAGACAUACCCAUUUGAAUGCAGAGUUCCAAAGAAUAGCAAAGAGAGAUAAGAAAGCCUUCCUCAGUGAUCAAUGCAAAGAAAUAGAGGAAAACAAUGGAAUGGGAAAGACUAGAGAUUUCUUCAAGAAAAUUAGAGAUACCAAGGAAAUAUUGUAUUCGAAGAUGGGCUCAGUAAAGGACAGAAAUGGUAUGGACCUAACAGAAGCAGAAGAUAUUAAGAAGAGGUGGCAAGUAUACACAGAAGAACUAUACCAAAAAAGAUCUUCACGGCCCAGAUAACCACAAUGGUGUGAUCACUCACCUAGAGCCAGACAUCCUGGAAUGUGAAGUCAAGUGGGCCUUAGGAAGCAUCACUACAAACAAAGCCAGUGGAGGUGAUGGAAUUCCAGUUGAGCUAUUUCAAAUCCUGAAAGAUGAUGCUGUGAAAGUGCUGCACUCAAUAUGCCAGCACAUUUGGAAAACUCAGCAGUGGCCACAAGACUGGAAAAGGUCGGUUUUUCAUUCCAAUCCGAAAGAAAGGCAAUGCCAAAGAAUGCUCAGUCUACCACACCAUUGCACUCAUAUCACGCGCUAGUAAAGUAAUGCUCAAAAUUCUCCAAGCCAGGCUUCAGCAAUACGUGAACCAUGAACUUCCAGAUGUUCAAGCUGGUUUUAGAAAAGGCAGAGGAAUCAGAGAUCAAAUUGCCAACAUCCUCUGGAUCAUCGAAAAAGCAAGAGAGUUCCAGAAAAACAUCUAUUUCUGCUUUAUUGACUAUGCCAAAGCCUUUGACUGUGUGGAUCACAAUGAACUGUGGCAAGUUCUGAAAGAGAUGGGGAUACCAGACCAUCUGACCUGCCUCUUGAGAAACCUGUAUGCAGGUCAUAAAGCAACAGUUAGAACAGGACAUGGAAUAACAGACUGGUUCCAAAUAGGAAAAGGAAUAAGUCAAGGCUGUAUGUUGUCACCCUACUUAUUUAACUUAUAUGCAGAAUACAUCAUGAGAAACGCUGGGCUGGAGGAAGAACAAGCUGAAAUCAAGAUUGCUGGGCGAAAUAUCAAUAACCUUGGGUAUGCAGAUGACACCACACUUAUGGCAGAAAGUGAAGAAGAACUAGAGCCUCUUGAUCAAAGUGAAAGAGGAGAGUGAAAAAGUUGGCUUAAAGCUCAACAUUCAGAAAACUAAGAUCAUGGCAUCCGGUCCCAUCACCUCAUGGGAAAUAGAUGGGGAAACAGUGGAAACAGUGGCUGACUUUAUUUUUCUGGGCUCCAAAAUCACUGCAGAUGGUGAUUGCAGCCAUGAAAUUAAAAGAUGCUUACUCCUUGGAAGGAAAGUUAUAACCAACCUAGACAGCAUGUUAAAAAGCAGAGACAUUACUUUGUCAACAAAGGUCUGUCUAGUCAAGGCUAUGGUUUUUCCAGUGGUCAUGUAAGGAUGUGAGACUUAGACUAUAAAGAAAGCUGAGCUUCGAAGAUUGAUGCUUUUGAACUGUGGUGUUGGAGAAGACUCUUGAGAGUCCCUUGGACUGCAAGGAGAUCCAACCAGUCCAUCCUAAAGGAGAUCAGUCCUGGGUGUUCAUUGGAAGGACUGAUGUUGAAGCUGCAACUCCAAUACUUUGGCCACCUGAUGAGAAGAGCUGAUUCAUUGGAAAAGAGCCUGAUGCUGGGAAAGCUGGAGGGCAGGAGGAGAAGGGGAAGACAGAGGAUGAGAUGAUUGGAUGGCAUCACUGACUCGAUGGACAUGGGUUUGGGUGGACUCCGGGAGUUGGUGAUGGACAGAGAGGCCUGGUGUGCUGCGGUUCAUGGGGUCACAAAGAGCCAGACAUGACUGAGCGACUGAACUGAGCUGAACUGAUAUUAAACAUAAAGGAAUCUUAAUAUCUGUUGAAUUAUCUAUUAUGAGAAUCAGUAAAAUAUUCAGAGAAGAAGCCUUGAAAAUAAAAAUCCCGUGCGUAAGACAGUCACCCUGCCUCCCCCUGCCCCGAGCUCUAAUGGAGACGACCUGGAGGCAGGUACCCACUGUCUCUCCAGGGUGGUAAUUGUUGGCAGGCACAGAUUACAUGGGCCCGCUGCCCCGUGUAAUAUGACCUAGGGUGCACUGUUGUGCAUGCGUUUUCUUAUUUAUGCAUUUGAGGAUACCAAAACGGAAAGGAACAAUAAGCUCAGAUCCUACUUGUGGGCGUGAAAAACCGCAGCUCUCACCCGCAUCGUGUAGGUGUCCUGGAGCCGAAGAACCAGCGGGGCCAGACAGAGCAGCACCGUGAGGGUAGCAGCAGGGGCUGCCUGUGAAAACACGGGCUCGGCUGGCAGUGCAGGGAAGUGCCCCGUGGGGGCUCCUGGCCGGCCCUUCGAGGUUCCGGGGCCUCCUCUGCUGGUAGCCUUCACUUCCCGAGUGAGGCAGGGCUGAGUGGAGGGCUCUCUGGCCACCUGGGCCCCGGGACCAAGCACGGUCCCCUUGCUGAUCUGACCUGGACUCCUGGGGGCGCCCUCUCACACCUUCCCCGAGCGCCGUGCUCCGGGUCCCAGUGGCCUUCUCUGCCAGAACCAUGGCACGGUUCUAAACACAUGCAACCCCACCUUAGCAGUAUUUUACAAUAACCAAGAUACUUCCAUUUAGGUAGUAUUCUCUACGCUGAUUCUGCCGUCAUUGUAAGGAAAGAGAUGUUAGGAUGACAUGGGACUGACUUUCUAUUUGUGAUUAUUCCACCUUCUUACUAUGAGCAUGUGUUUUAUUAAUUUUUUUCAAAUGUGCACAAAUAGAGGAAUGUAUUUCUUUUUUUAAGGAAUAUCCAGGGUUCCGCCUUACUGGUGCCUUAAAUGUAACCCCAUCUCCUCCUCAUUGGCUGACCCCAGCUCAUCCCCACCACCCCGACAUCCUCACUGCCCACCGAGGCCCUCACCUCCCCAGCACUACGGGUUUCUCAUCAGCGUGUAAAACACCCUCGUUUCUCCCACCCUGUCAAACAUUUAUGAGCCCUUGAUACCCUGGGAUGCUCCCGCCUCAGGAGUCAGCAGUGUGCAGCCUGUUCCAUGACAGGAGCCACCGUCCAUUUGGUAAACAGAUACAGAACCUGCUGAAAAGCAUGAGCCCAGUCUUGCUAAGGAAACAAUAUGUAUGUGUGUGUGUACGCCUGUGUGUGGAGUGGAGACUGAAAGGCUGUUUGCGCGGUUACCGAGGGUGGUUACCAUGAUGCCGUUCCCCGUAAUUACAUUUUACGUUAAAUUUCUGCGUUCAUCAGGAAAUAAUUCAUAAUAAAU